AAUGCACAGGGCCGUCCUUUAUUCUUCUGUGCAGUUUGAAACUGUCAGGCUGCUGCCAAGGUAGCGGCGGUACCACUGUUAUUUUAGCGGCGACGCGGCGAGGAGACGUGGAGGGAGGCGUCCGGGUUUGUGAAGAGCCGCAACGGCCAGUGUGACUGAGACCUGUUGCACCUUCCACUGAAAUUGUUUAGUAUUUGUACAGAAUGUCAUCAGAUGAGGAGAAAUGCUCACUGCCAGUUAUGAAGAAUGACUCUGACCGAGGCAGUUCUGUCUCUUCAGAUCUUCAGGAAGAGUAUGAAGAACUGCUUCGUUAUGCUAUUGUGACUCCAAACAUUGAGUCAAGAGCUUCACAGCCGUGUCAUUCUAAAGGAGAAGUAGUACCAGAUGUUAGGAUUCCUACUGUAGUAGAUGAUAUUCUUCAUAAUCAAGGAAAUAGCCCUGUAGUAAAAGAAACAAGGAUGGAAGUUGGAAAAGGAUGUGAUUUGAAUAUUUCAAGUCAUUCAAAGACAGAUGGGUCAUCACCAGUGUUGUCACCGAGGAAGCCUUCUCACCCAGUCAUGGACUUUUUCAGUUCCAACCUCUUAGGUGACUCUUCCUCACCAGCAUCUGUUUCUAGUCAUGCAGAUGCCCAUGAAAUCGUUGUGAGCGAUUUUCUUAUUUCUGAUGAAAACCUUCAGAAGAUGGAAAAUGUACUUGAUCUUUGGAGUUCAGGACUUAAGACAAACAUCAUAUCUGAACUAAGUAAAUGGAGACUUAAUUUUAUUGACUGGCACCGAAUGGAAAUGAAAAAAGAGAAAGAAAAACACGAAGCACAUUUAAAACAACUGUGCAACCAGAUCAACAGUUUGAAGGAGCUGCAAAAAGCCUAUGAAAUCUCUAUUGGGAGAAAAGAUGAGGUGAUUUCUAGCUUGUCUCAUGCCAUAGGCAAGCAAAAGGAAAGGAUAGAGCUGAUGAGAACAUUCUUCCACUGGCGAAUUGGCCACGUUAAAUCCAGACAGGAUGUCUAUGAAGGCAAACUAGCUGACCAGUUCUUCCAGAGAACGUUACUGAAGAAAGUCUGGAAAGGCUGGCGAUCCAUAGUACAGAAGCAAUGGAAAGAUGUGGUGGAACGAGCUUGUCAAGCAAGAGCAGAAGAAGUUUGCGUCCAGAUUUCCAAUGAUUAUGAAACCAGAGUUGCUGCGUUAUCUGGAGCUUUGGAAAAUGCAAAAGCUGAGAUCCAAAGAAUGCAGCAUGAAAAAGAGCAUUUUGAAGAUUCCAUGAAGAAAGCUUUCAUGAGGGGGGUGUGUGCAUUAAAUCUUGAAGCUAUGACUAUAUUUCAAAACAAAGGCGAUACAGGGACAGACUUCACAAAUAAAAAAGAAGAGUAUGGUCCUGGCGUUCAAGGAAAAGAACAUUCUGCUCAUUUGGAUCCUUUGGCCCCUCCGAUGCCCCCACUGAUUGUGCCGCCACCAUCCCCACCAGCAGCCGCCGUGGGAGCAGCCUGUGCUGCCACAUUUCCCUCUGCUGCUUCCAUCACUUCUGUCGGGGCUGCUUCUGCUUCCUCUGCUCACCUUCCUGUUACCUCAACUCUGGGUGCUGGAUCUGCAGCCACUGCUGGACCAGAAGAAAUGUAUGUGCCCAGAAUUGUCACAUCUGCACAACAGAAAGCUGGAAAAACAAUUACAGCCCGGAUCACAGGGAGAUGUGAUUUUGCCUCAAAAAACCGAAUUAGUAGCAGCUUAGCUAUAAUGGGAGUUUCUCCUCCCAUGAGCUCAGUUGUUGUGGAAAAGCAUCAUCCAGUCACAGUGCAAACCAUUCCUCAAGCUGCUGCUGCAAAAUAUCCCCGGACGAUUCAUCCUGAAAGUAGUACCUCAGCUUCUAGAUCCCUCGGAACCAGGUCAACUCACACCCAGUCUCUCACAAGCAUUCAUUCCAUAAAAGUGGUUGACUAAAAUGAAUAUGCACAUAUUGAGACCUUUUAAUUCAUCUGGUUAUACCAAGGAUUAGAAGUCUCUAGUUUUUAAAAUUUCAUCUUCUUAGAACAUCAUGGAUACAUCCUGUUCAUCUUUUCAGAAUUCCAAGAGGCUUUUUCAAAGCCACACCAUCCUUUGUAACUAUAUGUAGGAUUAUUUUAAUGUUAUUUUUUUAAUUUAAACAAUUAAGUAAAAAUUUUUUAACUUAAAAAUGACUUGAUUUUUUAAUAGGUUCAGCCUGUCACUGAUUACAUCAUAAAAGUAUAUAAAUCUUGUUUUAUUAAUGUUAUUUACCAAAGACUAAAUCAUUUCUAGUGUUACCAAGUAAACUUUGAGAACUUUACUAAAAAAUUGUUAAGGAGCAUAUGGGUGGCUCAGUCGGUUAAGUGUCUGACUUGGGUUAGGUUGUGAUCUUGCAGUUCGUGAGUUCAAGCUCCAUGUUCAUGGGCCUGUGCUGACAGCUCGGAGCCUGGAGCCUGCUUCGGAUUCUGUGUCUCCCUCUCUCUCCCUGCCCUCCCCCACUCACAUUCUGUCUCUCUCUCAAAAGUAAACAUAAAAAUAAUUUUAUUUUUAAAAGUAAUAGAAACUAAGGUAUUUUUAUUUUAAAAUUAAAGAGCUAAAGACCAAGAUUAAUAAUGAUACUUUAUCACAAAGUUUUUUUGUGAUUUUAAUGUAUUAGUCUUCAUUUUCUUAAGACUCUGACAAUUAAAAAUGGGAAAUGAUGAGACCUAUCAAUAAUUUUUAAUGAUAAAAGGAAAGAUUUUUUUUUACUAGUACAGAAACAGAGUCAUCAAAAAGAAAUUUCCUAUUAGAAUGGUCCUAUUUCUGAUGGUCUUUCUUGUUUUUUGAAACUCUGCAGUGUUGAACCUUUUUUCUCUCUGAACAUCCAAACAUCACCCUGUGAGGGUAAUAGCACUGGGCAACUCAGCAAACCUUCUAGGCCUGGGGAAAGACUUUUCACUAGCUGUCAGUGCAAAGAAUCUGGGUGAAAAUGAUCAAGCAAAACAAGACCAGGUUCCAUUGGUGUUAUUGCUGGCUGACUGGGUGAUCUUGGGCUGGAUAUUUAAUUUCAUGAAUCUUAGGAUCCCAUCUGUGAAACAGUGAGAUCUACCUAUCCCACCUCUUUCACAAAGUACUUUGGGUUACACAAAAACAAGUAUAAAUUCUAAAGAAUUGGUCCAGAGCCUCAAUUUUCGUAUCUUUAACAGAAGUGGAUGGACUUAAUUAGAAGCCUCUUUCACUCUGAACAUGAUCUAGCUCUAUGCUCUAAUGUUAUUACAGGAAAUAGUUUUUCUUAUUGCUUCACAUUGUAAUAGGACAUGAGAACAAAUGUGAGAUAGGGCAAUAUCCCAUUUUCUAAAGGGCACACCCAGGCUUUUCUGAACUACAGAAUUAAAGAAUUUGAGUAUUGUGUCUUA